AUGGCUAGUUCAUUGGUAAUCGAUGAUAUUACUUUGAACGAGGAUCUUGAAGAAUUGGAACUCGAAUGGCCUUCUUCAGACUCUGAACUUUCUGAUCACAAACGUUCUUGUUAUACACUUCGAGAAGUUACAGCGCGAGAUGCAGAAAAUGGAACGGAUGUGCAAGGAAUUAAUUGGGAUUCUUUCAAUGUAACACGGCAAAGAUAUCGUGAAGAAAUAAAACCAGUUCGUAAUGAUGGCGAAUUUUUCAAAUUUAAAUAUACAACACUUUCACAUAAAUGCUCUAUUGUUCAUUUUCAAUUGAGAAAUUUGUUAUGGACAACCGGAAGAAAUGAUAUAUUUUAUACUCAUUCAUCACGUAUCAAUUAUUGGAAUUCUAUUAUGAAGAAAUCUAAAGUCGCAUUGGAUUUAGAUCAAGCUUUUGAAAUCAGAUUAUACGGCGAGUUUGCAUGCCGGCGCCUUGAUGCCGAACCGAUACAUUUUGGAACAGUAACUACAGAUGCAAAUGGUAUAACAAAUCAUAUGGAUAUCAUUGAAUCUCGAACUGGAAGUACUGUUGCUGUGAUAUCUAGCAAUGACAAAAAAUCCCGAAUAAUGGACCUCGCGUCAUUAAAGUUUAUCGACACAUACGAUUUUGAAUGGGCUGUUAAUUGCACAUCAGUCAGUCCAAACAGAGAUCUUUUGUGUGUUGUAGGCGAUGAUACAGAAACUAUGAUCGUUAGUUCAGAAACAGGCAAAGAUAAAACCACCAGAUUAUAUGAUACAAGGAAUAUGUCAAAAUCAUUUGCUGUAUUAGGUGCUAAAAUAGGAGCUGUAAGAUCACUUCAGUUUUCAGCAGACGGACGAUAUCUUUCAAUGGCAGAACCUGCAGAUUUUGUUCAUGUAUUUGAUGCACAUACUUUUGAAAGAUCACAAGUAUUUGAUUUAUUCGGUGAGAUUGCAGGAGUCACUUUUACACCAGAUUCAGAAGGAUUAUAUAUUGCAAACGCCGAUGAAAAUUAUGGGUAA